UUUUCUCUCGCACUGUCAAAAAUUUUCUGCCGAGUGCAGACGUGUCUAUCGUUUUGUCCAAAAAUUGGAAAAAAUCCUAUCAAAAAAAUUGUGCAAAGUUUGAGAUUGUAGUUUCGCGUACGCUUUCGACCGGAUUUCCCAUUGCGCACACGAUGGGAGAUUCGCUGGAAGCGACGGUGGGCAGCAUGGGUAGCGAUCCGCCCCAGUCCGUCGUCGGAGGAGGAGUGGACACCGAGUCGGUCGCCAUCAUGGAUUACGAUGGCUUCACCAACUACAUUCGGAAGGCGGUGACUAUUCUGCUGCCGGAGGAGGAUGUCGUUCCGGUGCCGCUGAAUGCCGCCCUGGACGAUCCGUCCAAUCAGGAGUGCAUCCGGAAGUUUCUGAGCGAUCCGCAAACGCAGGCCCUGUACAUCCAGCGGUCGUGUUUUAAGGAUGACGAGAAUGAACCGCCCACGGAAGGUGAAGAGGAGAAAGAUGCCGUGACGUACUACAUCAGCAAUGACGUGCACUUCACCAACCAGCGGAUGGCUUCGCUUGUUUGCAUCAAACGUGGUUCUGUAAUUGAAGCGGAUAAGUCGAUCCACUCGCAGAUUCGGCUGAUCAACUUUUCCGAGGGUUCGCCCUACGAGACGCUGCAUUCGUUCAUCAGCAAAACUCUGGCGCCCUAUUUCAAGAGCUAUGUGAAGGAAUCGGGUCGUGCUGAUCGCGAUGGCGACAAGAUGGCACCCUCGGUCGAAAAAAAGCUUACCGAGCUGGAAAUGGGACUGUUGCAUCUGCAGCAAAACAUUGACAUUCCGGAGGUAACGCUCAACAUCAACGGAACGGUGGCCCAAGUCGUGAAGAAAUGCGCCGACGAGGGUCGUAAGGCUAAGAUAACUGACUUUGGCGAUAAGGUGGAAGAUUCAACUUUUUUGAACACUCUUCAGAACGGAGUCAACCGUUGGAUUAAGGAGAUCCAGAAGGUCACCAAGUUGGAUCGUGAUCCUUCGUCGGGAACGGCACUGCAGGAGAUUUCUUUCUGGUUGAAUCUGGAGCGUGCGUUGCAUCGAAUCCAAGAAAAGCGUGAAUCUCCCGAAGUCGCACUCACUCUGAACAUCCUGAAACAUGGCAAACGAUUCCACGCUACCGUUUCCUUCGAUACCGAUACUGGACUGAAGCAGACCCUGGCAAUGGUGGCCGACUACAACCCGCUGAUGAAGGACUUCCCGAUCAAUGAUUUGCUAUCGGCUACCGAGUUGGACAAGAUUCGUCAGGCUGUUCAAUCGAUCUUCAACCAUCUGCGCAAGAUUCGUAGCACCAAGUAUCCGAUUCAGCGUUGCCUGCGGUUGAUCGAGGCUAUCUCUCGUGAUCUCAGUCAGCAACUGUUGAAGGUGCUCGGCACUCGCCGGUUGAUGCACAUUCCCUUCGAUGAGUUUGAACGUGUGAUGAAUCAAUGUUUCGAGGUGUUCAGCUGCUGGGACGAUGAGUACGACAAACUGCAGGGAAUUCUACGCGAUAUUGUCAAGAAGAAGCGAGACGAACACAUAAAGAUGGUAUGGCGUAUUGCCCCGGCUCACAAGAAGCUUCAGCAACGUAUGGAACACAUGCGUAAGUUCCGUCGUCAGCAUGAGCAGCUACGUACCGUGAUUGUUCGAGUCCUGCGACCGGCUCGUCAGCCUGCCGGAAUUUCUGGCGGAGGAGAUGCCAGUAGCGCGGACGUCAAGCAACCGUACAGCUUGGAUACGGCCGAUGCCAACGCAAUCGAAGAGGUCAAUCUGGCCUACGAGAAUGUGAAGGAGAUCGAGUGCUUGGACAUUUCCAAGGAGGGUUCCGAGGCGUGGGAUGCCGCGAUCAAGCGCUACGAGGAAAGAAUCGAUCGCGUUGAGACACGCAUCACGGCCCAUUUGCGUGAUCAACUUGGCACGGCGAAGAAUGCCAACGAGAUGUUCCGUAUCUUUUCGCGCUUCAAUGCGCUGUUUGUGCGGCCGCACAUCCGUGGCGCCAUCCGGGAGUAUCAGACGCAGCUGAUUCAACGCGUCAAAGACGAUAUUGAGGCUCUGCACGAGAAAUUCAAGGUUCAAUAUCCGCAGAGUAAAAGCUGCCGGCUGUCGGUUGUACGCGAUCUUCCACCGGUUGCGGGUUCGAUCAUCUGGGCUCGCCAAAUCGACAAUCAACUGACCAUGUAUCUGAAGCGUGUCGAAGACGUCCUCGGCAAAGGCUGGGAAUCGCACAUCGAUGGACAAAAGCUGAAAGCCGACGGAGACAGUUUCCGUGCCAAACUGUCCACGGCGGAAGUGUUUCAAGAGUGGGCCCGCAAGGUACAGGAACGCAACACCGGAAUUACCGGGCGUAUCUUCCUGAUCGAAUCCACUCGUUCCCGAACCGGCCGUGGCAACACUCUCCGGCUGAGAGUGAACUUCCUGCCGGAAAUCAUCACCCUGUACAAGGAGGUUCGCAAUCUCAAAAGCUUGGGCUUCCGCGUCCCGUUGGCCAUCGUCAACAAGGCUCACCAGGCGAACCAGCUGUACCCGUUCGCUAUCUCUCUGAUCGAAAGUGUUCGGACCUACGAACGCACCCUUGAGAAGCUAACAAAUAGGAGUUUAGCACAAAAUUCAGUAUUCAAGAUCGAGGAUCGUGCCAGCAUCAUCCCAUUGGUUGCCGGUUUGCGCAAGGAGGUCCUCGGCCUUAUAUCCGAGGGUAUCGCCCUGGUAUGGGAGAGUUACAAGCUGGAUCCGUACGUUCAACGCUUGUCGGAGAAUGUGACUUCAUUCCAGGAAAAGGUCGAAGAUUUGCUCGUCGUCGAAGAGCAGCUGGACGUCGAUGUUCGCUCGCUGGAGACCUGUCCGUACAGCGCCGCCACGUUUGCCGACAUUCUGUCCAAGAUUCAGCAUGCUGUCGAUGACCUGUCGCUUAAACAGUACUCCAACCUACAUGUAUGGGUUGCCCGCCUGGAUGAGGAAGUCGAGAAGAAACUGGCUGCCAGACUGCAAGCCGGUAUCCAGGCUUGGACGGAUGCCCUUACCGGAAAUAAGAAAGAGGUAGAUCUCUCAAUGGAUACGGACGCGCCAGCCCAGCCGACAAUCAAGCCUGGCGGUGAUCCCCAGAUUCAGCGAGCGAUCCACGAAAUUCGCAUCACCAACCAGCAGAUGUAUCUUUAUCCGUCGAUCGAGGAAGCUCGUUUCCAAAUCAUGCAGCAACUGUUCGCAUGGGAAGCAAUCGUAACCUCGCAGACCCGUCUGCAGAGCUCCCGCUAUCAGGUUGGACUCGACAAGCCCGUGUCGCAGACAUACAGGAACUUGUUAACCAAGCUUCCCGGAGGAUCUGACCCAUUGGAAGGCAGCUACGCCGCGAUCGAGAACCAGAUUUCUGAAGUGCGCAACUACGUCGACGAAUGGCUGCGUUACCAGAGUUUGUGGGAUCUGCAAGCGGAUACCUUGUAUGGGCGCCUGGGCGAAGACAUCAACCUCUGGAUCAAGUGCUUGAAUGACAUCAAAAAGUCGCGUACGACUUUCGACACCUCGGAUACCCGUCGUGCUUACGGUCCCAUUGUCAUCGAUUAUGCUAAAGUACAGGCCAAGGUCACGCUGAAGUACGAUUCGUGGCACAAGGAAGCCCUGAGCAAGUUCGGACAGCUUUUGGGUAACGAAAUGUCCACUUUCCACGGUAAGGUAUCCAAGAGCCGCAGCGAUCUGGAGCAGCAAAGUAUCGAAGCAGCUAGCACAUCCGAUGCGGUGUGCUUCAUUACCUACGUCCAAUCGUUGAAAAAGGAGAUGCUGGUUUGGGACAAGCAGGUUGAAGUGUAUCGUGAGGCUCAGCGUAUCCUCGAACGUCAACGUUUCCAGUUCCCGAGCAAUUGGUUGCACGUAGAUAACAUCGAAGGAGAGUGGUCGGCUUUCAACGAAAUCAUGAAACGCAAGGAUUCCGCUAUCCAGACGCAGGUUGCCAGCUUGCAGGCCAAGAUCGUUGCCGAAGACAAGGCCGUUGAAUCAAGAACGCUGGACUUCUUGAACGAUUGGGAAAAGAACAAACCAACCGGAGGACGUACUCGUCCGGAUGACGCACUACAACAGUUGCACAUUUUCGAGACCAAGUUCUCGCGGUUGAAGGAAGAACGUGACAAUGUGGCCAAGGCUAAGGAAGCUUUGGAACUGCAGGAAUCUGCUAUUCCCAAUAACAGUACCGAGCGGAUGAAUGUUGUACUGGAGGAGCUUCAAGACUUGCGAGGUGUAUGGAGCGAGCUGUCCAAGAUCUGGGCUCAAAUCGACGAAACACGUGAGAAACCGUGGUUGUCUGUACAACCCCGUAAGCUGCGCCAAUCGCUAGAGGCGAUGAUGAACCAACUGAAGGAAUUGCCGGCUCGUUUGAGAAUGUACGAGAGCUACGAGUACGUCAAGAAGCUGUUGCAGAGCUACAUCAAGGUGAAUAUGAUGAUCGUCGAACUGAAGUCCGAUGCCCUGAAGGAACGUCACUGGAAACAAUUGACCAAGCAACUACGCGUCAGUUGGGUUCUGUCGGAUCUGACACUCGGCCAGGUUUGGGAUGUAAACCUGUUGAAGAACGAAUCCAUUGUAAAGGAUAUCAUUCUGGUCGCCCAAGGAGAAAUGGCGCUGGAGGAGUUCUUGAAACAGGUUCGUGAGAGCUGGCAGAACUAUGAACUAGAUCUGAUCAACUAUCAGAACAAGUGCAGAAUCAUUCGUGGAUGGGACGAUUUGUUCAACAAGGUCAAGGAACACAUCAAUUCGGUGGCUGCAAUGAAAUUGUCUCCGUAUUACAAGGUAUUUGAAGAGGAAGCCCUGACUUGGGAAGAAAAGCUGAAUCGCAUCAACUCUCUGUUCGAUGUUUGGAUCGAUGUUCAACGUCGCUGGGUCUACCUGGAGGGCAUCUUCUCCGGAAGUGCUGACAUCAAAACUUUGCUUCCAGUGGAAACAUCACGUUUCCAGAGCAUCAGCUCUGAGUUCCUUGGACUGAUGAAGAAGGUGGCCAAGUCACCGAAAGUCAUGGAUGUGCUGAAUAUUCCAGCCGUGCAAAGAUCCCUCGAACGUUUGGCCGAUUUGCUUGGAAAGAUUCAGAAAGCAUUGGGAGAAUAUCUUGAACGGGAGAGAACAUCAUUCCCGCGUUUCUACUUUGUCGGAGAUGAAGAUCUACUGGAAAUCAUCGGUAACAGCAAGAAUGUUGCUCGUCUACAGAAACAUUUCAAGAAGAUGUUUGCCGGAGUUGCUUCGAUUUUGCUGAACGAAGACAAUACAGUUAUCCUUGGAAUUGCAUCACGGGAAGGCGAAGAGGUCAAGUUUAUCAAACCAGUAUCAACGGUUGAACAUCCCAAGAUCAACGAGUGGCUGACUCUUGUCGAGAAGGAAAUGCGUUUCACGCUGGCCUCUUAUCUGGCUCAAGCUGUCCAAGACAUCAAACAGUUCAAGGACGAGAUUGAUCCUCAGAAGUACAUGGAGUGGUGCGACAAGUACCAAGCCCAGAUCGUGGUUCUAGCCGCACAGAUUUUGUGGUCUGAAGACGUAGAAGCAGCUCUGCAACAGGCUUCCGACAGCCCCGGUAAUAAAUCUCCACUGAAUCGCGUUUUGGCCACCGUCGAAACAACGCUGAACGUUUUGGCCGAUUCGGUUCUGCAGGAACAACCACAGCUUCGUCGCAAGAAACUGGAACAUUUGAUUAACGAAUUUGUACACAAACGUACCGUAACGCGUCGCUUGAUCGCCCAUGGUGUGAACAAUCCCAAAUCGUUCCACUGGCUGUGCGAGAUGCGUUUCUAUUUCGAUCCCCGCCAAACGGAAGUGCUGCAACAGUUGACGAUCCAUAUGGCCAACGCUCGCUUCUACUAUGGCUUUGAGUAUCUCGGCGUGCAGGAUCGCCUGGUUCAAACACCGUUGACGGAUCGUUGCUAUCUGACCAUGACGCAAGCACUGGAAGCCCGACUCGGUGGAUCACCGUUCGGACCGGCCGGUACUGGCAAGACGGAAUCGGUGAAGGCUCUCGGUAAUCAGCUGGGUCGCUUCGUGCUCGUGUUCAACUGCGACGAAACGUUCGACUUCCAAGCCAUGGGCCGUAUCUUUGUCGGUUUGUGCCAGGUAGGCGCGUGGGGUUGCUUCGACGAGUUCAACCGCCUGGAGGAACGUAUGCUGUCAGCCGUUUCGCAACAAAUCCAAACCAUCCAGGAAGCUCUCAAGUCACUGCAGGAAGGCUCAAUGAAAGAUUCGCAGAGCAUCACCGUCGAACUGGUUGGCAAACAAGUUCGUGUUUCUACUGAUAUGGCCAUUUUCAUCACGAUGAACCCUGGUUAUGCUGGUCGUUCCAAUCUGCCGGAUAAUUUGAAGAAACUGUUCCGCUCACUUGCUAUGACCACUCCCGAUCGCCAGCUGAUUGCCGAAGUGAUGCUGUUCAGUCAAGGUUUCCGUACUGCUGAGAAACUCGCUUGCAAGAUUGUACCCUUCUUCAAACUUUGCGACGAACAGCUGUCCAAUCAAUCGCACUACGAUUUCGGUCUUCGUGCGUUGAAGUCCGUGUUGGUGUCUGCUGGUAAUGUGAAGCGUGAUCGAAUCAUGAAGAUCAAGGAUACAAUGAAACAACGCGGUGAAGAAAAUAUCGACGAAGCUUCGAUUGCUGAAAACCUCCCGGAGCAGGAGAUUCUAAUCCAAUCGGUUUGCGAGACCAUGGUACCGAAACUGGUCGCUGAGGAUAUUCCGUUGCUGUUCUCACUGCUGAGCGAUGUAUUCCCGAACGUUGGCUACACCCGUGCCGAAAUGAAGGGCCUUAAAGACGAAAUUCGCAAGGUUUGCGCCGAGGAAUAUCUGGUAUGCGGUGAAGGCGACGAACAAGGUGGCGCUUGGAUGGAGAAGGGAUUCGGUGAAACAUGGGUGGACAAAGUUCUGCAACUGUAUCAAAUCUCCAACCUCAAUCACGGUCUCAUGAUGGUUGGUCCAUCAGGUUCCGGUAAGUCUACCGCAUGGCGAGUUCUACUCAAGGCGCUGGAGCGUUUCGAAGGAGUCGAGGGAGUGGCUCACGUUAUCGAUCCUAAGGCUAUCUCGAAGGAAACCUUGUAUGGUGUGCUGGAUCCGAACACUCGCGAAUGGACCGACGGUCUGUUUACCCACAUUUUGCGUAAAAUUAUCGACAACGUACGUGGUGAGAUCAACAAGCGUCAAUGGAUUAUCUUCGACGGCGACGUAGAUCCUGAAUGGGUCGAAAAUUUGAACUCGGUUUUGGAUGACAACAAGCUGCUUACCCUGCCAAACGGCGAACGUUUAUCGCUGCCACCGAACGUGAGAAUCAUGUUCGAGGUUCAGGACUUGAAGUACGCUACUUUGGCCACAGUAUCCCGUUGCGGUAUGGUUUGGUUCUCGGAAGAUGUUCUUUCAACCGAAAUGAUUUUCGAAAACUACAUGUCGAGGCUGAAGAACAUUCCACUGGAAGAUGGAGAAGAAGAGAGCUUUACCACCCAGUCCAAGGGUGUUGACAAGGAUGACGAGCUGACCCCAGCGUUGCAAACACAACGUGAGAUUGCUUCCCUGCUUCAGCCGUACUUCACAUCAGAUGGAUUGGUUGUCCGUUGCUUGGAUUACGCGAUGGGACAAGAACACAUCAUGGACUUCACCAGACUACGCGCUUUGAGUUCGUUGUUCUCCAUGUUGAACCAAGGCGCGCGAAAUGUGCUAAACUUCAACCAACAGCACCCCGAUUUCCCGGUUCCUCCGGAACAACUGGAGCAAUACAUUCCCAAGCUGUUGAUUUAUUCUUUGCUGUGGUCAUUUGCCGGAGAUGCUAAACUGAAGGUCCGAUCAGAUUUGGGCGACUUCGUACGUAGUGUAACUACCGUCGCUUUGCCAGCCCAAUCCGGAAAUCCAAUAAUCGACUUUGAAGUUACUCUGCAAGGUGAAUGGGCUCCGUGGUCCAACAAGGUUCCAGUGAUCGAAGUUGAAACGCAUAAGGUUGCUGCACCGGAUGUAGUCGUUCCUACCUUGGAUACCGUUCGUCACGAGUCGCUGUUGUACACCUGGCUUGCUGAGCAUAAACCGCUGGUUCUGUGUGGUCCACCAGGUUCCGGUAAAACUAUGACUCUGUUCUCUGCUCUUCGUGCCCUUCCGGAUAUGGAAGUCGUCGGUUUGAAUUUCUCGUCUGCUACCACUCCGGAACUACUGUUGAAAACUUUCGAUCACUAUUGCGAGUACCGCAAGACACCAAACGGUGUAGUAUUAGCUCCGGUUCAACUUGGAAAGUGGCUGGUGUUGUUCUGCGAUGAAAUCAAUUUGCCUGACAUGGAUUCCUACGGUACGCAGCGUGUAAUUUCCUUCCUCCGGCAAUUGGUAGAGCACAAAGGUUUCUAUCGCGCAGCCGAUCAAUCCUGGGUCUCACUUGAGCGCAUUCAAUUUGUCGGAGCUUGUAAUCCUCCGACGGAUCCGGGUCGUAAACCGCUGUCCCAUCGUUUCUUGCGCCACGUUCCCAUCAUCUAUGUGGACUAUCCAGGAGAGACGUCACUCAAGCAAAUCUACGGUACAUUCAGUCGAGCUAUGUUGCGUUUGAUGCCAAAUCUUCGCGGUUACGCUGAACCACUUACCAACGCCAUGGUAGAGUUCUAUCUGGCAUCACAGGAUCGCUUCACACAAGAUAUGCAGCCGCACUACGUUUACUCUCCGCGUGAGAUGACCCGUUGGGUGCGUGGUAUUUGCGAAGCUAUUCGUCCGCUAGACAACUUGCCAGUCGAAGGAUUGGUUCGUUUGUGGGCACAUGAAGCUCUCCGACUGUUCCAGGAUCGUCUGGUAGAAGAAUCCGAACGCCGUUGGACAAAUGAAAACAUCGAUUUGGUUGCAAUGAAACACUUCCCCAGUGUGGAUCGUGAAAAGGCAUUGGAACGGCCGAUUCUGUACAGCAACUGGUUAUCGAAGGACUACAUGCCUGUCAAUCGAUCAGAACUGCGAGACUACGUUAAAGCACGUCUCAAGGUGUUCUACGAGGAGGAAUUGGACGUACCGCUGGUGCUGUUUGACGAGGUACUGGAGCAUGUUUUGAGAAUCGAUCGUAUUUUCCGACAACCACAAGGUCAUUUGCUGCUGAUCGGUGUUUCCGGAGCAGGUAAAACCACGCUGUCGCGUUUCGUCGCCUGGAUGAAUGGCUUGUCCAUCUUCCAGAUCAAGGUCCACAACAAGUACACAAGCGAGGACUUUGACGAAGAUUUGCGUUGCGUACUUCGCCGAGCUGGUUGCAAGGAUGAAAAGAUUGCAUUUAUUCUGGACGAAUCGAAUGUUUUGGAUUCUGGAUUCUUGGAACGCAUGAAUACGCUUUUGGCCAACGGAGAAGUUCCUGGAUUGUUCGAGGGUGAUGAGUACACAACGCUGAUGACCCAGUGUAAGGAAGGAGCUCAACGCGAAGGACUCAUGCUCGAUUCAAGUGACGAAUUGUACAAGUGGUUCACUCAGCAAGUGAUGCGUAAUUUGCAUGUAGUCUUCACCAUGAAUCCGUCAACCGAUGGCCUGAAGGAUCGUGCCGCGACAUCCCCGGCUUUGUUCAACCGUUGCGUACUGAACUGGUUCGGAGAUUGGUCCGACUCGGCGCUGUUCCAAGUUGGAAAGGAGUUCACCGUGCGUGUGGAUCUGGACAAACCUACUUGGAGUGCUCCGGACUUUUUCCCGGCGGCUUGUCCGCUCAUCAACAACACCCCAUCGCAUCGCGAUGCUGUUAUCAAUGCUUGCGUGUACGUUCAUCAAACGCUCCACAAGGCCAACGCCAGAUUGGCAAAACGCGGCGGUCGCACCAUGGCCAUUACACCUCGUCACUACUUGGACUUUAUUCAUCACUUUGUCAAGCUGUACUCGGAGAAACGAAGCGAUCUGGAGGAACAGCAAUUGCAUUUGAAUGUUGGUCUGAACAAGAUUGCAGAAACUGUAGAACAGGUCGAAGAAAUGCAAAAGUCUUUGGCUGUGAAGUCGCAAGAGCUACAGGCAAAGAACGAAGCUGCUAAUGCUAAGCUCAAGCAGAUGUUCAAGGAUCAACAAGAGGCAGAAAAGAAGAAAGUACAAUCGCAAGAAAUUCAACAGCAGCUGGCUGAACAGACCAUCAAAAUCGAAGAGAAGCGUAAGGAUGUCAUGGCGGAUCUUGCCCAAGUCGAACCAGCGGUUAUCGAUGCCCAAGCAGCUGUUAGCAAUAUUAAAAAGAAGCAGUUGGCUGAGGUUCGUACUAUGGCCAAUCCACCGGCACCGGUAAAACUGGCACUGGAGUCGGUAUGUUUGCUUCUUGGGGAGGACGAUCGCGGUGGAGAUUGGAAAGCAAUCCGCGGCAUUCUGGUCAAGGACAGUUUCAUAACGUCCAUUGUCAAGUUUGACACAUCACAAUUAACCGAUGAUGUGCGUGAAAAGAUGAAGUCCAAAUAUCUGAGUAACCCGGAUUACAACUUCGAGAAGGUGAACCGCGCCUCCAUGGCUUGCGGUCCUAUGGUCAAAUGGGCCAUCGCUCAGGUCGAAUACGCCGACAUGUUGAAGCGUGUUGAGCCGCUGCGUGACGAACUAAGCUCCUUGGAGCGCAGAGCCGAUACCAACAUCAAGCAUGGACAGGAAGUCAAGGAGCUGAUUGCCCAGCUGGAACAGAGUAUCGCCUCCUACAAGGAAGAAUAUGCUCAACUCAUCUCGCAGGCUCAGGCUAUCAAAACCGAUCUGGAGAACGUUCAGGCCAAGGUGGAUCGUUCGAUCGCAUUGCUGAAGAGUUUGGUCAUUGAGCGAGAACGUUGGGAGGCCACCAGUGAAACGUUCCGUUCACAAAUGUCCACGAUCAUUGGAGACGUUCUGUUGUCGGCUGCAUUCAUCGCCUAUGGUGGAUACUUCGAUCAGCACUAUCGUAGCAAUCUUUUCUCGACCUGGUGUCAACAUCUGCAGGCGGCAAGCAUUCAGUUCCGAGCAGAUAUCGCUCGAACGGAAUACCUGUCCAAUCCGGAUGAAAGACUUCGCUGGCAAGCUAAUGCUCUACCAACCGACGAUCUUUGUACGGAAAAUGCAAUUAUGCUGAAACGGUUCAACCGAUACCCGCUGAUCAUCGAUCCAUCUGGACAGGCCACAGAGUUCAUCAUGAACGAAUUCAAGGAUAAGAAGAUCACCAAAACUAGUUUCCUGGACGAUUCAUUCCGCAAGAAUCUGGAAUCGGCCCUUCGUUUCGGUAACCCAUUGCUGGUACAGGAUGUCGAAAACUAUGACCCUAUCUUGAAUCCAGUGCUGAAUCGUGAAUUGCGUCGAACUGGUGGACGAGUGCUGAUCACCCUGGGAGAUCAAGAUAUCGAUUUGUCACCGUCGUUUGUCAUCUUCUUGUCUACCCGUGAUCCUACGGUAGAGUUUCCACCAGAUAUUUGCUCUCGAGUCACAUUUGUCAACUUCACCGUCACCAGAAGUUCGUUGCAGUCGCAAUGCUUGAACCAGGUAUUGAAGGCCGAACGUCCGGAUAUCGACGAAAAGCGAUCUGAUUUGCUAAAGCUGCAAGGAGAGUUCCACUUGAGAUUGCGACAGCUGGAAAAGAGCUUGCUGCAAGCUUUGAACGAUGCCAAGGGAAAGAUUUUGGACGACGAUUCGGUUAUCACAACGCUCGAAACGUUGAAGAAGGAAGCCGCAGAUAUCGGUCAGAAGGUCGAGGAAACGGAUAAGGUCAUUGCCGAGAUUGAAACCGUCUCACAGCAAUAUCUCUCGCUGUCACAAGCCUGCAGUAAUAUCUACUUCACCAUGGAUAGCCUGAACCAGGUCCACUUCCUCUAUCAAUAUUCGUUGAAAAUGUUCUUGGACAUCUUCAGCACCGUACUUCACAAUAAUCCCAAAUUGGAAGGCAAAACCGAUCAUACUGGCCGUCUCUCUAUCAUCACAAACGAUCUGUAUCGCGUGUGCUAUGAUCGUGUCGCUCGUGGAAUGUUGCACGCUGAUCGUCUCACGUUUGCUAUUCUGCUGUGUCGAAUUCAUCUCAAGGGAACUUCCGAACCGAAUCUCGACCAAGAGUUUAACUUCUUCCUACGCAACAAAGAAGGUUUGGUGUCUUCUUCAAACCACGUCGAUGGCGUGAGCGCGGAGCAACUGGAAUCUGUCACACGCCUAUCCAGCAGAUUGCCAAUUUUCCGCAAAUUGCUGGACAAGAUUCAAGCUAUGCCGGAACUGUCCGCGUGGUUGCAGCAAGGAUCUCCGGAACAAAACGUUCCAAACCUGUGGGACGAAUCAAAGGCUCUGUCGGCCAUUUCAGCCGCUAUGCAUCAACUUCUGCUCAUCCAAGCUUUCCGACCGGAUCGAGUCAUUGCCGCGGCCCACAUAUUCGUGUCUACGGUGCUGGGUGAAGAUUUCAUGCCUCAAGCUGAAAAGGAACUGGACUUCUCCACUUGCGUUGAAAAAGAACUCACUAGUAAUACUCCGGCACUGCUCUGCUCCGUCACCGGUUACGAUGCUUCGUCUCGUGUAGAUGACCUGGCUGCAGAAUUGAACAAGCAAAUUACCAGUAUCGCUAUCGGUUCCGCCGAAGGAUUCAAUCAAGCGGAACGAGUCAUCAACAUGGCAUGCAAAACUGGCCGCUGGGUACUGCUCAAGAACGUUCAUCUCGCUCCGCAAUGGCUUGUUCAGCUGGAGAAGAAACUCCAUUCUUUGCAACCGCACUCUGGCUUCCGUCUGUUCCUCACCAUGGAAAUUAACCCGAAGGUCCCAGUUAAUUUACUACGAGCUGGACGAAUCUUCGUCUACGAACCACCCCCAGGUAUCCGUGCUAAUUUACUACGCACAUUCUCCACCGUUCCGGCGAGCCGCAUGAUGAAACAACCCAGCGAACGUGCCCGGCUUUACUUCCUGCUCUCGUGGUUCCACGCCAUCGUUCAGGAACGUUUGCGCUAUGCUCCGCUUGGAUGGGCCAAGAAAUACGAAUUCAACGAAUCUGAUCUACGCGUUGCUUGCGAUACGUUGGAUACUUGGAUCGAUGCCACCGCUAUGGGUCGCACCAAUCUUCCACCGGAGAAGGUGCCGUGGGAUGCUCUGGUUACUCUGCUCUCUCAAAGUAUCUACGGUGGUAAGAUCGAUAACGACUUUGAUCAGCGUCUGCUUUCAUCGUUCCUCUCCAAGUUGUUCACCGCACACAGCUUUGAAGCCGAAUUUGCUUUGGUCGCCAAUGUGGACGGAGUGGCCGGUGGUCCCAAUGGUCAACGACAUAUUACCAUGCCCGAUGGAACACGUCGUGACCAUUUCCUCAAAUGGAUCGAAGCAUUGGCCGAUCGCCAAACGCCAUCUUGGUUGGGAUUGCCAAAUAACGCUGAGAAGGUAUUGUUGACCACCCGUGGAACGGAUUUGGUAAGCAAACUACUGAAAAUGCAGCAGCUGGAAGAUGACGACGAGCUGGCAUACAGCAAUGACGAAAGCCUGGAUGCGGUUCAAACUCGACAGGAAGAUGGACGUCCCUCAUGGAUGAAGACACUGCAUAACAGCGCUCUGACCUGGCUGCAACUGCUGCCGAAACAGUUGGCUACCUUGAAACGAACGGUGGAGAACAUUAAGGAUCCCUUGUACCGCUAUUUCGAACGAGAAGUAUCGUGUGGAGCCAAACUCCUGCAAACAGUGGUUAGCGAUCUGCAAGAUGUGGUCUACAUUUGCCAGGGUGAAAAGAAACAAACCAAUUAUCACCGUACUAUGCUCAGCGAAUUGGUUCGAGGUAUCCUUCCGGCGGGUUGGCGGCGUUAUACCGUACCGGCAGGUUGCACUGUCAUACAGUGGAUCACUGACUUUAGCCACAGAGUUCACCAGUUGCAAAAGGUUUCCUCUCUGGUUUCUCAAGCCGGUGCAAAGGAACUACAGAGCUUCCCUGUCUGGUUGGGUGGAUUGUUCAAUCCAGAGGCAUACAUCACUGCUACACGGCAGUGCGUUGCCCAGGCAAACAGUUGGUCACUAGAAGAGCUGACCCUCAAUGUCACCAUUACUGAGAACGGUUCGGACGGGUUCGAUAAUCUCAAGGAUAGCAGUUUCGGCAUCUCCGGUCUGAAACUGCAGGGUGCCCAGUGUAAGAACAACCAACUGCUGCUGACGUCGGCCAUCAUGACCGAGCUACCGUUAACGUUACUCAAAUGGACACGUAUCGAUUCGGAUAGUGCUAGAGCUACCAAGCUAACGCUUCCGGUUUAUUUGAAUUCCACCAGAACUGAACUGCUGUUUACGGUAGAUAUGACCGUUGCUCCCGGACAGGAUCCGCACAGCUUCUACGAGCGCGGUGUAGCAGUGCUGGCUUCGACUGCUUUGAAUUAAUUCAACGUGCAUUAUCUCUAUAUUAUUAUCAGCUUAUUAAACAAACGUAUUAAAAUAAUAUUUAUUCAAUGGUUGAAGGUUAAAAUAAUGAGAAUAUAGUUUAUCCAGCUUCAGAUACCAUUACAUUGACUGUUAUGAUGAUCAAAUUCAAUAUUUCGAUUAGUUAAACAAGCAUCUGCACGACAACGUAUCGAUCAAGCUUUUGAAAAUUGAAUUAUUAAUAUCUGCAAGCAGUGGAAUGUUAGCUCAAGUGAACAGUAAAAUAACCUUAUUGAACGAAAUAUAAUAUUCUUCAAGCAAAAACA